UCGGCCUCAGCAGCGAGGCGGCGGCGGCAACUGAGGAGGCGCAGGCAGCAGUUGAGGCAGCGGCGGGCUCAGGUGCAGCCGCUGAGUGAAGACAUAGUCCAGAGAGGGAGGUGUAAAGCUCCAGGCUGAACAUAACUUCUUUUUUCAAAGUUCCCUGUGUUGUUAGCUGAACUUGAGUGAAGUGAAAUUAUUGAGGAAGCUAAAGCUGUGUGUAUUUGUGGAUCAGACAAGUGCAGCAAGUUAAUAUCAUUGACUUCUGAAGGGGAGAGUGAGGUGAUGGCUGCGUUUAAGUUGGAUUUCCUUCCAGAAAUGAUGGUGGAUCAUUGCUCUUUGAAUUCCAGUCCCGUCAUGUUCCAUGAAGAAUCGGGUAGUCAAGGCAGCCUCUGGUCCCGAUUUCUCAGUUUUUCAUUUUUAAUGAUUUGCCAGUUGCUGCCAUUAUUGCUUCUGCUGUCAGAAGAAGAACGUGGAAAGAGCUCAAAGAAAAUGAACGGCACCCUGGACCACCCAGACCAACCGGAUCUUGAUGCUAUUAAGAUGUUUGUGGGCCAGGUCCCGAGGACCUGGUCCGAGAAGGACUUGAGGGAACUCUUUGAACAGUAUGGUGCUGUCUAUGAAAUCAACGUCCUAAGGGAUAGGAGCCAAAACCCUCCUCAGAGCAAAGGGUGCUGUUUUGUUACAUUUUACACCCGCAAAGCUGCAUUAGAAGCACAGAAUGCUCUUCACAACAUGAAGGUCCUCCCAGGGAUGCACCAUCCUAUACAGAUGAAACCCGCAGACAGUGAGAAGAACAAUGCAGUGGAAGACAGGAAACUGUUUAUCGGUAUGAUUUCUAAGAAGUGCACUGAAAAUGACAUCCGAGUCAUGUUCUCUUCAUUCGGACAGAUUGAAGAAUGCCGGAUAUUGAGGGGACCUGAUGGAUUGAGCCGAGGUUGUGCAUUUGUGACUUUUACCACAAGAGCCAUGGCACAGACGGCUAUCAAGGCAAUGCACCAAGCACAGACCAUGGAGGGUUGCUCAUCCCCCAUGGUGGUAAAAUUUGCUGAUACACAGAAGGACAAAGAACAGAAGAGAAUGGCCCAGCAGCUCCAGCAGCAGAUGCAGCAAAUCAGCGCAGCAUCUGUGUGGGGAAACCUUGCUGGUCUCAAUACUCUUGGACCCCAGUAUUUAGCACUUUAUUUGCAGCUCCUUCAGCAGACUGCCUCCUCUGGGAACCUCAACACCCUGAGCAGCCUCCACCCAAUGGGAGGGCUGAAUGCAAUGCAGUUACAGAAUUUGGCUGCCCUGGCUGCUGCAGCUAGUGCUGCUCAGAACACACCAAGUGGUACCAAUGCUCUCACUACAUCCAGCAGUCCCCUCAGCGUACUCACCAGUUCAGCAGGGUCCUCACCGAGCUCCAGCAGCAGCAGCUCUGUCAACCCCAUCGCCUCCCUUGGAGCCUUGCAGACAUUAGCUGGAGCCACGGCAGGCCUCAACGUCAGCUCUCUGGCAGGGAUGGCUGCUUUAAAUGGUGGUCUGGGCAGCAGUGGCCUUUCCAAUGGCACUGGGAGCACCAUGGAGGCCCUCACGCAGGCCUACUCGGGGAUCCAGCAGUACGCCGCGGCGGCACUGCCCACUCUAUACAACCAGAACCUGUUGACACAGCAGAGCAUCGGUGCUGCUGGCAGCCAGAAGGAAGGUCCAGAGGGAGCCAACCUGUUCAUCUACCACCUGCCCCAGGAGUUUGGAGAUCAGGACCUGCUGCAGAUGUUUAUGCCCUUUGGGAAUGUCGUGUCUGCCAAGGUUUUUAUAGACAAGCAGACAAACCUGAGCAAGUGUUUUGGUUUUGUAAGUUACGACAAUCCUGUUUCGGCUCAAGCUGCCAUCCAGUCCAUGAACGGCUUUCAGAUUGGCAUGAAGCGGCUCAAAGUGCAGCUCAAACGUUCGAAGAAUGACAGCAAGCCCUACUGAGCGUGCUCCCCUCAGACUGGAGUGAGAGGGUCUCUGGUAAGUUGGGGAGGAGCACCUUGGUGAGGCGAAGCCCUAGGCUGUGUGUUGGCAGCCCCGGACCCUGAUCCCUGCCACUCUCGCAGGCACAGCUUGCCCUGAAGACGCGGCUACUGCCUUCUGUGGGAGUUUCGCUUCGUACAGAGGACGAGUUUGUGCUUUGGUUUCCAGUGUUUUACUUUGGAGUUUAGGUGCCAUAUUCUGAGUUUUUUCUUUAUUUAAAGUUUGCUGUGUUUGUAACCAGUGUGUGUUGAGAAGGACCAACAUCACACCGCCCUGGGGGAGGAAGGGGAAUGGAGAAACAUUAAAGAAGAUCAGGACUUGCCCAAAACUACCCUAAGAGAGAGGACCGAGUGAAACCAAAAACUGACCCCCAGAAUCUCCCCAAGUUGCAAGAGUGGAUGAAAUGAGAACUAAUGUCCCAGAGCCCUGGUGGGUGGGGCUGGUGGGGGUGGUGUCAGAGGGAAGUGAGAGGCACUUGACAUGAGGAAACUUCCUAGCUGCCCUACCUGGAAGUACUGAGUUCUUGCUACCAGUUUUUCUGACUCUUGUCCAGGACUUCUGUCCCUCUUUCCCAAGAAAGGGCUAACAGUUCUCUGGAAAUAAAACCCCUGUUAAAUUAGCCUGACAUAUGCAAAAAAGCAGGGAGACAUCACCGAUUACUGGCCACUGGUUUUGAUUUAGCCCUACCUGGCUAGUGACUCCUAGGAAGAACCAGCCAGUCAGAGUGGCCACUUUUAGUUUAUUUCAACACCAGAUUCGACCAUGGCCCAUUUCUUACAGGUCCUUUAGAGAAGGCCUCCAGGGAAGAUACCCUGGUUUCCUUCCUGGUAGUUGACCACAGCGAGGAGUGUCAUUUCACCCCAAACCACCACUUUAUCAUGAGGGCAGAACCAAGAGGGGCUUCUAGUGCCUGGCUGGAGGGGGCUCUCCUGAGCAGAGUGAUCAAAAGCCAUCCACUUGCCGGAGAGGAGCCUGCUUCUACUUGUGCCUGCCUCAGAAGGUCCCUUCAGGCCAGAGUGCUGCAUUCGCCAGAGGCCGGCCAGCCAGCACUUAGUACUUAAGACGAUGGAGAAGUCCAUGCUCACCUCCUUGUCGAGGUGUCCCGGGCGUAGUCUUUUCACCAAGGCAGGCUUUUCUUCUGACCGCUCCCGCACUGUCUUCUGCUCUUGGGGACAAAGGAGACUAUAGGAUGUUUACAGCCUCCAUAUGAAUUUAGUGUUCAUUUACCUCAGUAUUACCUUGUUCGUUUUUGUCCACGUGCUUACAGUUAGCUCCCCGCUGCCUCCCACGGGUCUCACUCCAGCUCUUGCUUGUGGCUGUCCCCCGCCCCCUAGCCUCUGGGCUCUGCCUCUGCUCUAAGAAAUGCUGUGGGCGUAGAAAGCCAGGAAGGACAUGCUGUUGGGAAUGUGCACUUUGGCACAGGCAGCCCUGUUACAAUACAGCUCUUAGCGCCGAGGCCAGCGACUGGGUGCCCAGGAUCUUAAAUUUCACGCACAUCAGUCCUGACCCCUAACAGCAGAGACGAGAUGAAAGGGGUUGGUUUGCUAGUGAGUCAGAUGGGGACUCUCUCCUUGUCCUGCUGUCCGUUUGGGUCGCAGACAGGGAUUGACCAUCUUGCUGUUGUACAGGUAGUGGUGUUGGAUUAUCCCAUUGAAGCUGGGACAGCUGUUCUCUUCUCAUAGUAAUAACUUGGGUCUGUUGUCCUCUAAGGAACAUGAAACAUACUUAAGCUGAACCACGUAAACUUGAAUUCUGCACACUGGGUGAAAUGUGUCCUGUGUUUCAAGGAUAAAACUGUUCCAAAGGCUUCCAGGGUCAUGAUGGGAUUUUUUAAAUAAAUGCAAAAAAUAAAAAUAAAAAAGAAAAAAGAAAACCAAAAAAAAAGAAAAAAAUGCUAGGUUGGGGAGGCGCUGUUCUGAAUCCCAACCAGCUGGAAUCAAGAAUGUCGUUUCUAUUUUUAUAGAAGUUUUAUACAGCUCCGGGGUGGAGAAUAUUUAUUACCUAAAUUAUAUCUCUGGAAAAGGCCAGGAUUUUGUAGAAUCCAGAAUGUGAUUGUUAUACACACAGGGUGCUGUGUAUGAUUGAAACUACUGACUUUCUGUGGCCUGUUUGCAGCCCAGCCAAUCUGCCAGAGGGGGAGGAAUUAAUGCUGUGAAUUGGCGGAGGAGAGAGCUGUGCUCUCCAGGGCGCUGUGGUGCUGUGAUCGCUAACCUUCUGUUAUGUCUUCCUCCUUGGCCAUCGUGGGGUUUUCCAAAUCCCAGAACUCCACUCUGUUCCCACUUUCCCCUUCCCUCCCUCCUUCCCCAGUUCACCAUUAUUGUCCACAGACUUGUCCUGGGCUCUGGGACCUUCAGAAACCCCUUUCCAAAUGACUUGAAAGGCAAAGGUGUGAUCAACCUGCCUUUGAUACCAGGCCCUGAGGAUUCACUCCUGCUUGUGGGUUCUCUUUUCCAAAAGGAUCAUUUGCCCCAGCAGGGCCCUGGGCUGCCACAGCAGCCCCCUGAUGAGAUGGGCGCUUCUGUCUGUUCUCUGCCCCUGCCCAGUGAGUAGCGCGGCAGCACUGCCCUUGAGCACAGUUUUCUCCCCAGGCCAAAGAGGGUUUGUGAAGGCGCUGCUCCCCUAUGGGCCUCACGGUGUGAGAGUGUUCAUUUUGGACAGUGGAGACUCGCAGUCAAGUCUUAAGCAACCUUUUACUGUUGUGUGGGGGUUUCAUUUUCAUAAAUGUGUUUUCUCCUGUAGUUUUUUUUUUUGUUUGUUUCUUACUUGGGUUUCAUCAUGAAAUUGGUUUGCCUUGAAUGCAGCUAGACACUGUCUCCUGGGUCCCACAUGAGUGGCCAGGGCCUGCGUGGAAGCUAAGAGCUUGGAUUUCUGGGAACAAAGGGCCAUCCCCACAGGAUUGAGGAGAAGUCCUGGCCCUCUCCCCUCAAGAGUUCUCACACCAUGCUUCUCCUUCCUUCCUGGGUGUUCAACAGGGAGUUGGAGAGGCGGAGGCUCUGCUCCCCCAGAGGCCUCUUAGAUAGAUGGGUUUGAACACUUCAGGGGAAAUCCAAGCCUUAGUUUCCCUUCUGUCUCUGGCAGUUGGAUGUUUUCUUGGUGUCCUCCAUGUCCUUUUUGACUUUUCCCUGUGUCCAUUGUUAGCAUGUGCAAAAGUCCCCUGUCAUUACCCAGCCCUGCCCCGCCCGCCUCCUCAUUUCAGGGCUGUACACAGUGAGUGUUCCUGUUCUCUCUCUCUUUGUUUGGAUGUAUUGCUCUGUGUAACUCAGUGGGUCUCCCUCUUUCUGGUUUGUUUUUUUUCUAGAUUCCUGCCGUUUGUUCAUCGUUGUGCCUAAAGCAUGUCGAUGUGGCGUCAAGUACAUCGUCCAAAUCCCUGUCUCUUCAGCUUCUCUGAUGCUUGAACUCUCACCUUUGACCUUGUGUUGAUCUUUGAUGCUGAUGUGUAUUUUUAUUAUGUUUGUUUCUUUCUUUGUUUUUUCUUUUUUCUUUCCUUUUUUUUUCUUUUGUGCUGCCAAAUUGGUUUUGCUAGAACGACUGCUGAAGGGGAAAUAUUUAAACUUGCAUUUGAAUAUAAAAAAAUCUAUUUUUCUAGAACUUCAUAAGAUAACCACUUGAUUUUGUGAUUCCAAUUCUUUGUAAUUGUCUUCAGAGCAGCCCUACUAGCACAUACCGCGUGGUGUUUGUAUUUCUGUGAACACACAGCCAGUCCGUUUCUAGGCUUUGUUUCUGUGUGCUUAGUUUUAAAGACAACUUUGAAGUAAACAAUGAAAUAAAAGAUGUCACUGAAACCUUUGAGGCUCCUGAGCACAUUUUGCUGAUACAGUUUGUGGGGCUUGAGGAGACCGCAUGUGUUAUUUUUGUUUUUCUGAGCUCUCAACUGCAGAGAACACCCAAGCCCCCUUUCCUUUUUGACAGCAGCUGCAGUUCGGGCCCCAGCCAGCCCUUUUCCUUUGGAGGGUCUUCCCUGCAGCCACCCUGCAGGGGCCUGCAGAUCCCUCGGCCGUUCCCUCCAUGCUUGUUCCUACAGUCUCCACAGCAAAAUGUGAUGCUUCGAUUUUUUGUUUUGUUUUUGUAUUGUUUUUGUGCUUUUGUUUGGAUUUUUUUCCUUUCCUAGUAAGAUUAUGCCCAGAAAAAACAAGUUUUGCAUGUUUCCUGCUGUUUCUUCACACCUUCUUAUAUAUCACCUUCACCUCUCUGUUUUCUAUAGUUUGUGCAAAAACUGACCGAUUUAAAAAGGUUUCAAAGAAGCUGUUUUAAAUUGUUGUGGGGUUAUUUUUUCAAGAUUGUAUUGUUUAUUUUGAAGUGGCGACGUUCUCCUCUGUUGCCCUUAGAGCCGUUUGCCUGUGCACUUAGACUGUCACCUUGCGUGGCCUGAGGCCUUGGCAGGGCCUCCAGGAGGCCGCUGCCCUGUCGGAGAUGGGCUGGGAGGGCACCAGGAGAGGCAUGAGGAACAGAGGUAGAAGCCAGAAGGUGGCUGCGGGUGGGCAAGAGGCUUAGCGUGUUAAGGGUCGUGAGUAUCCUUCGGUCCCAAGGAAGGAGGGUGCUCUUCACCGUCGGAGGAGGCCGUCUGUGCACUAAGUGGCAACAUACCUGCUAGCGUUUUCCUAGGUGACAAGCACAAUACUACAGUCUUCACACUGUUUACAGCCCUGGCCACCAGCUGCCCCACACUGGCUCUUCACCGCAGCUCUGCUCUUGCUUAGCUAGUGGGAUGGGUAAGGGCAGGGAUUUGUUUUUUAAAACUGGGUGAGGAGCCAAAUAGCUACUGUCCCUGGGUGCCAGGCAAGCCAGUUCCUCCGUUCCCUGAAGGGAACUUGCCCUCCUUUCAUGUGGCACCAUCCACCCCCAGGGUCUAAGGGCCUGAGUAAGAAUGUGAACGGUGAGGGAGAAGCCUAGAGGAGGUGAGAGGUCACGGGAUGGGUCUGUGGCAGUAAGAGGUUGCAGAGGGAAGAGAUUGUGAGAGAUCUCAGCCAGAGAGCUUAGGCUGCUAGUGGGCGGAGAAGCUGGGAAGCAGGAUUGUCCAGGGAAAGGGCGAAGAGGGAGGGGUAGCCAAGGGCCCAGGGAUGGGGGUGGGGAAGGUAGGAGCACUGUUAGCAUCGUCCAUGCUGGGGUUGAUGAAGGAAGGGAUCCCAGCAGAACUUCUGGUCUGGGACCCAGCAGGUUGCCUAGUAUUAUGCUUGGACCACUCUUACUGGAAGGAAAGGGCAGGCAAAUGAAGGCCCAGUGUAUGGUAGACUCCUUAAUUUCCUGGAAGGGGCAGUUGGAUGGAAAGAGGCCAGGAACCCCAGCCUGAGCAAGACUGCCCUGCACCCCACAGUCUGACUGCACAGAGCUGCCUCUGUUGGCGAAGGCGCUGAGGCCCCCCUUCCUGUGUGUCAAAAUCCAUGUUUGCCAAUAUAUUUUGCUUUCAAUUCCAAGAGGAGCUCUGGGAAAACCUGUGGAUAAAACCAAAUGCCAAACGUUGGACGUUGUUUCCUUUUCCUUUUCUCUCUCUGAUUGUUUUAAUUGUUCUGUGGUGGUUUUAAUGGAUUUGAGACCCUGGAGCGGCAGCUGCCUUUCUGAUUUCCAGCUGCUUUUUGUGAAUAAUUUAAAAAGAAAAAAAAAAGAAACUUUACAUUUUGGAGACAAACCUGUGUGAGUUUUUUAUUGGUACAAACGUUGUAUUUAACACUAGGGGUUUUGUACAGUUUUUUGCCUUUUCUACUAGAAAACAAUGUAAAGUGAUUUCACAAUGUGAAGAGAAAAAAUUGCCACUAUGACCAAACGCACAGUCUGUUCUGCAGCAACAACGGGAUUCAAUCAGCUCAAAGUCGCGAUUCAGCCGUAGAAAUGCUUUUCCUUUACCUUGUUUGAGCUUUUCCUUUCUUUCCUGUUUUGAUUUGCAAAAAAAAAAAAAAUGUCUUUUUGUGUGAACUUGUGUUGUACUAUGUAGAAAAUUAUGGAUUUUACUUUAAUGGGUUAAAAAAAAAAGAAGAGCCCUUGUUGCUUUUCUGACCUGAUCACAGAGUUUGUGUAGUGGAUUAAAAAAGGAAAAAAAAUGUUACAAGUUUGGAGCGAGGGAGUAUGUGUUUAAAAAAAGAAUCGCCUUCCUUUUUUUGUGUGUUUUUCCUUUUGUCCCAAUGGGGAACCUAAAUCUGUUUUAAUUGCACAGACACACGGACAAAAAGUCAUUUUGUAUCUGCCAAGUGUGGUACCUUCCUUUGUUUAUUUGCUAUUAAACUGUUUGAGAAGAA